AUGGCUUCCAAGUUCUUCCCCGCCAUCCCGCGGGUUGGCCGCCAAUUCUUCCAGCAGAUCCCCAAGUCUCAAUGCAGACCAUUCUCGGCUGGUCCGCAACGUUAUAGCGACACACUUGCGGUGCAUCGCAACUCGCCUUCCAACAACCCCUCGAUCCCUUUCAAGUUCUCCGAGCAGAACAUGAAACUUGUUGAUGAGAUUCUCAAGCGUUACCCCCCCCAGUACAAGAAGGGUGCUGUCAUGCCUCUUCUGGACUUGGGCCAGCGCCAGCACGGCUACACCAGCAUCAGCGUCAUGAACGAGGUUGCCCGUCUCCUCGAGAUGCCCCCCAUGCGCGUUUACGAAGUCGCAACCUUCUACACCAUGUACAACCGUGAUCCCGUUGGAAAGUACUUUGUCCAGCUCUGCACCACGACACCAUGCCAGCUCGGUGGUUGUGGCAGCACCAAGAUCCUCGAAGCUAUUGAGGAACACCUGGGUAUUACCUCCGGACACACCACGGAGGACGGUCUUUUCACGCUUCUCGAGGUUGAAUGCCUGGGUGCCUGCGUCAAUGCCCCCAUGGUCCAGAUCAACGACGACUACUACGAGGAUCUCACCCCCGAGUCGAUGAAGUCCCUUCUCACCGCCCUGAAGGAGUCCGCCACAGCCGCGGAGAGCGGCAAGUCCGUUAAGGUGCCUGCUCCGGGACCUCUGAGUGGAAGACAGACCUGCGAGAACAGUGCUGGGCUCACGAACUUGCAAGACCCCGUGUGGGACCCCGAGACAAUGAUGCGGAAGGACGGUGCUCUGGACCAGCAGGCUUAA